CAACCUUUGAACAACCUACCUUUCAUUUCCUCAAUGCUUGAAAUGACUAACAAAAAUGACAAAAUGUGACGUCUAGGCUGAAAAUUCGCUAUUUUUACACAUUCCUAAUAACUUGGCAAACCAAAUCUCAGGAACCGGGGGAAACAUGGGGUCUGCUGCACACAUACUGUGUGUGCUGUUGUGUUUUUGGGUCUCAGUAUCAUGCCUCGCACUCCAGACCGUGGGCCCGUGUAUGGUCAACAGAGAGACGGCCACUUUCAACUGCAGUAAGAGACGGCUUACAUCGAUACCAAAUCACAUCUGGAUGAACGUGACUGAGUUGGAUCUUUCUGAUAAUCUCCUAGACCUGACCGAUACCAACAUCUUUAAGCAAUUAAAUCUAUUCAGCAACUUGAUCGCACUGAAUUUAUCAGGCAACUACCUCCCCCUACUGUUAAAAGAUAAUUUUUUCAGCCUCCCUUUUCUCAGAGUACUGGACCUUAGUAGGGGUGAGCUGACAUCAGUACAUGCAAGCGCUCUUGUUAGACUCCCCAGUUUAGAGAUGCUCUACCUGGGGAAAAAUCAAAUGCAAGGCCACCUGUUAACUGCAGUUCAAGACUUGAGAAAAACAGAUAGCAUUGCUCAAGAUGACCACAAUAAUGAGGCAGAAUUUUUUAAGAAUGUUAACCGUGGAGCCUUCCUGCGUAAACUACUGGAACAGGACCAAGAGAACUCUUCAAAUGUCACUGUAGCAACCACAACAAAUGGCCCAGCAAAAGAUGAUGGUUCAAAAUCCUCUUCAUACAGUUGGAAGGCACUCGUGGCAGUCCUGGUGUCAGCCAUAUCCAUCUCCAUUGUAAUUGCAUUGGUAGCCAAGUGCAAGCUUGUGCACAAGUAUCUGGCAAGCUACAGACACUCCAGGCUCAAUGAGGCAGAUGCAACAAGCCAGUGUGACCCUACAAACUUCGGGGUGGGCUUCGCGAGUCACGGAGGCCCAGGAACCCGCGCGGCGGCAUCUACUGAUGAGGUUGAUGAGGAUGAUGAUGAUGGGUUUAUUGAAGAUAACUAUAUUCAAGCAAGCGAGAGUGUGAGAGCUGCAAGAGCAUCAGAAAUGAAAGAGGAUGAUGAUGAUGAUGAGGAGGAUGAUGAUGAGGAGGAUGAAAUUCAAUUCAGUAUUGGUUAGAUUCAUUAUAUGUAAUGUCAUUAAAUAUUAAUUGGUAACAACUAAUUUUAACUUUCAUUAAGACAAAGAUUACUAAGAUUAGAAGAUCAUGUUAAUUGAAUAUAAAUAUGCAAUGGACUGAAAAAUUAAACUCAUUCAUAGUGCCAUUCUGCCGAGUAGGAUCCUACUCUUCAGGGAACCUUUGUGAACUUAUAACUGUGGGUACAUUUGCUAGUAUUCCUAGUAAAAGGAUUUAAUUAAUUUAGUAUUAUUUCUUUACAGAUGCAAUGUGAUUUAAUAUUUUAUAAUGUAAUGUAAUUAAUAAUUUUGUAAAUGUAAUUUAGGUGAUCUAACAGUUUUGGGAGGCACUAUUAUACAUAUAAGUGACUUUACACUUAACAACAUAUUAUUUGUUAUCUUUCUGAGCUUUGUAUAUAAUGUUUAUUAAUGUUCUAAUGAUGUUAUUCCAAAACGUUACUGUUUUUUAGAUUAAAAAAAGUAAAAUAGUUAGAUUAUAAAGUAAAAAGGGAAAUUUGCAUCUACUUAAACCGGUUGUGCACUUUUAUGGCCUUUUCUACCAUUUAUACAUAUGUCUUUUUGUACGUUCACUCCAUUUCUAAAUUAAAUGAUUUAAGUGGCCAACAUGUUAUUCAUCUUUUUGGGCACAUGGCGCCGCUGUUGCAACGUUGCAAUAAAGCAUAUGAUG